AUGCCUGAAUUUCUCAAGACUGGAUCUUCUCCGAAAACCAACGGAGACGCCCAAACUUUGGAUGUGCCGGCCAUCGUCAAAGGCGUGAUUGAUGACAUCCGUGCUCGAGGUGAUGAAGCUGUUCGCUCAUACUCCGAGAAGUUUGAUAAGUGGUCGCCAGCCUCCUUUCGGCUGUCGAAGUCUCAAAUCGACGAGAUUAUUUCCACAGUGCCUGAGCAAAUUAUAGCCGACAUCAAGACGGCUCAGCAUAAUGUACGCACAUUUGCGGAAGCGCAGAGAGGCACCAUUACGGACCUGGAAAUUGAGAUCAGCCCUGGAGUGCAUCUCGGCCACAAAAACAUCCCCAUUGACUGUGUCGGCGCGUACAUUCCAGGUGGAAGAUAUCCCCUACUUGCAUCCGCUCACAUGACAAUCCUCACUGCCAAGGUCGCCGGUGUGCCCAAAGUUGUCGCUUGCACGCCCCCAAUUAAUGGACAAAUUCCAUCCUCAACGGUAGCAGCGAUGCAUCACGCCGGCGCUGAUGAAAUUUGGAUUCUCGGCGGGGUUCAAGCCAUCGCGGCAAUGGCUCUUGGAACCGAGACGAUGCCCAAGGCCAACUUCAUAGCCGGCCCUGGAAACGCGUUUGUCGCCGAGGCAAAACGUCAGUUGUUUGGAGACAUUGGAAUAGAUCUCCCCGCCGGCCCGACAGAGGUUCUUAUUGUUGCUGACCAUAAAGCUGAUCCAACUACCGUUGCCGUCGACCUUCUUUCUCAAGCAGAGCAUGGUCCUGAUUCCCCAGCUGUUCUUAUCACGACUUCAAGGGAGGUUGGCGAGGCCUCUAUCAGAGAGGUAGAUCGCCUUCUUAAAAUACUCCCAACAGCACCCAUAGCUUCUGUUUCAUGGGACAGAUUUGGCGAGGUUGUUCUUGUUGAGACGUUGGAUGAAGCGUAUAAACUAGCAGAUGAUUAUACCUUCGAACACGUUCAGAUUCUGACCGAGAACCCCCGCGAAGCUUUGAAGAAAAUGUCCAACUACGGGGCUUUAUUCCUCGGCGAGAAGACCUGCGUGUCAUACGGAGACAAGGUCAUCGGCACCAACCACGUGCUUCCCACUAAGAAGGCAGGUCGUUUCACAGGAGGCUUAUGGGUCGGGAAGUUCCUUAAGACGGUUACCUAUCAGGAGGUUACUUCAGCAUCCCAAAGUGGUGAACUGGGUAGGCUCUGUGGACGUGCUUCCCGCGCCGAGAAUUUUGAAGGUCAUGCUCGCUCGGGUGACCUUAGAGCGCAUCUAUAUCUCGGCGAUGAUGUAGAGUACGGUGCUCUCUCCGAGAUAGCCGAGGGCCGUGUCAACGAUGCAGGAAGCGCAAUAUUGAAUGUGUUUGGAAACGGUCUUCAACACAGCUUGACACGAGUAGCGAGGAACUCCAAGGAUCUCCACUACCUACAGAUGCUCCAUGCCGCUGUCAACAAAAUCCUUGCCAGUAAUAGACAACUGCCACUUGAUCCAUUGAGCAGCAUCUCCACAGGUGCAGGGCUUCCCCCUCCAGAGUCUCAGGAUCUGCAACAACACCAAGAUGAGCCUCAGAAUAUGGAACCCACCGCCCAGGGUGAAGACACUGGCAUUAGAGAUUCUAUCGAACCUCUCAACCAGGUUCCUAUAAAAUCACUAUAUGAAGUCACACAAUUAGGAUCUCUACGCCCGAGACAACUAUCACCACCAGGUUCAGCGAACGGCACCCCUGGCUCUACCCGCUUGCUUUCAGACAUAGUUUCGCAGGGCAAAUUGGACUGGAAUGAUGCGCUCCGAUUGACUAUGAGGUUUCUCAACAAGACGGACUAUUAUCUUUACGGCAUACUGCAUGGAUUCGAUAGCAUUGAGAGUAUUCGCCAUGCCUCGCCUUUAUUAUUUACGGCCAUUUGCACCGUCUCAGCUCUACAUGAACCUCAUGGCGAGGCCCUGUUCAAGAUCUGUAGCCUUGAGCUGCGCACUCUAAUUUCUAGCUUUGUCUUUGCACCGAAAGCGACAGUGCAUGAUUUUCAGGGUUUGUGUAUCGCGUCGUUUUGGUUGAGCGACAUAUCCUGGUCCGUGUCUGGGCUUGCCAUCCGCCGCGCCAUUGAGUUCCAGCUCGAACACUCUUUCGAAAUUGUGGUCGGGGACAAGCAAAUGCAGCGGAGAUCGGGCACUAAGUUUCAGUUCACUAGUGAUGAGGAUGCACUGUCCUGCCUCCGCGUGUGGUAUCUCUUUUUUGUUUGUGAUCACCAUAUGUCAAUUCUUUAUGGGAGACCUUCCAGCUUCGGCGUCCAGGCAUCUGUCAACAACUGGGAGCGGUUCUUCAAAACGAUGCCCCAAAGUAUCACCGACACACGCAUCUCGAGCCAAAUCGAAUUGGUGCUGAUACUGGAGAAAGUUACUCAGCUUUUGGGACCGGAUAUUCAUGCUCGGACCCCUUUGAUCUUCAAAGCUCAACUCGAAUUGUUCGGUCAGCAGCUUGAUCAAUGGGUUUCAAGCUGGACUAUCCGUUAUGAACAACACCAGAGAAUAGGAGAAUAUCCUCGCAAGUCUCUCACAAUUCAUUAUCUCUUCGCCAAAUUAUUUCUUACUUCCCACGUCUUUCGAGGGCUGUCGUCCGAUCCAAAUAAAGACCCAAUUCCCCAAGAAUUUUACGAUAUGGCCCAGGAUGCAGUGAGGAGUGCACGGUCAAUUAUUGACCUUGUUACCGGAGAUGAGACCAUGAAGGCUGCAUUUGUCGGCAUGCCUCACUACUAUCACACGUUUGUUGCAUAUUCCUGCUCGUUCCUACUCAAGCUCCAUACCGAAUACCAUCAACACCUCGGCCUUGAACGCCAGGACAUCCUUUCCGCGAUCUCUCGAGUCAUUGAGCUUUGCCAGCGUACUCCCUGUGCUUCCUAUCAUCUUGUUCGCUGGAUGGGAGCCGGGCUACAAAAGUUAUCAAAGAACUAUGAGGCGGCUUUAGCAAAGGGGGCUAUGCGUCAGCAAGAACCUGAGUUAGCUAAUGAGGAUCGAAUGAAUCAGAUUCAACCUUUUGAUAGCGAGAUUGGGGGUGAUUUCAGGACAUUAGAGGAUAAUGAAGCCCGAUGGGAUAUGUCAAGAGACACUGAAGGCUUGUUCUCCGAAAUAUGCCAAGAUGUGAUUCCUAGUACAUCUCACAUUGGAAACAAUCUAUAUCCUACGGACGGCAGCGUGGCUCAAGCUGAUAAUGGGCAGUUCGAUCAAUAUUGGGGCUUUGUUUCACCUACUUUUGGGUCGGAAUAUCUUGGAUUUGGGCUACUAUAG